GGUUCCCGCCCCGCCCCCCCCGCCCCGCCCCGCCCCGCCCCGCCCCGCCGCCCGGUAGCCCCGGCCUGUUGGCGAGUUGGCCAGACCACACUCGGGUUCGCUGGCGGUGCCAUGGCUGCUCCCGGACCAUACCAGGUGGCUGUGGGCCCCUCCGCGGUGCCCAGUGCGCCCCCAUCCUACGAGGAGACCGUCGGUUUCCACACCCACUUCCCCACACCGCCCCCGCCGGGCCCGACCACGGGGCUGAUGGCGGGCGCUCCCGGGAAGGCCAUGUCCUCGCCCACCUACUACACGCAGCCUGCGCCCCAGCCCAGCGCCAGCCCAGUAGCUGUGCAGACGGUGUACGUGCAGCAGCCUGUGUCCUUCUACGACCGUCCAGUGCAGAUGUGCUGCCCGUCCUGUGGGAAGAUGACUGUCACACAGAUGACCUACCACUCCGGGACCCUCACCUGGCUGUCUUGCGGGAGCCUGUGCCUGCUGGGGUGCGUGGCAGGCUGCUGCUUCAUCCCCUUCUGCAUAGAUGCACUCCAGGACGUGGACCACCACUGCCCCAACUGCAAGGCACUCCUGGGCACCUACAAGCGCCUGUAGGCCCCCACUCCUGCAGGGCCCCCCUCCCCUCCCCCUCUUCUGCAGGCCCCUCCCCUU